AUGACGGAGACGAUGGCGCUGAGUGGAAACUGUAGGACUAACCCCAAAGAGCAAGCAUCAGUUCAGAACAGUUUCCCAGAUGUGGUUGAGUUAAACGUAGGGGGGCAGGUUUAUUACACGCGUCACUCAACUUUGGUGAGCACCCCGAGUUCAUUGCUCGGUAAAAUAUUCUCCUCCAAAAAAGACGCAUCUAACGACUUGGCGAGAGACCCCAAGGGCCGGUACUUCAUCGACAGAGACGGGUUUUUAUUCCGGUAUGUGUUGGACUACCUCCGAGACAAGCAAGUCGUCCUCCCGGACCACUUCCCGGAGAAGGGGAGGCUCAGGAAAGAGGCGGAGUACUUCCAGCUGCCCGACUUGGUGAAGCUGCUGACCCCCGAUGAUCUCAAGCACAGCCCGGACGACUACUUCCACAGCGACUAUGAAGACGGGUCCCAAGGCAGCGACCACCGGCAGUGCCCGCCGCCCUCCCUCGUCCCCGCGGACAGAAAGAGCGGCUUCAUCACGGUGGGGUACCGGGGGUCGUGCACCAUGGGCCGCGAGAGUCAAACCGACGCCAAGUUCAGGAGGGUGCCUCGGAUACUGAUAUGCGGGCGGGUGGCCCUCGCCAAAGAAGUUUUCGGGGAGACCCUGAACGAGAGCCGGGACCCGGACAGGACCCCGGAUCGGUACACCUCCCGGUUUUACCUCAAGUUCAAGCACCUGGAGAGAGCUUUUGACAUGCUGUCGGAGUGUGGUUUCCAAAUGGUGGCCUGCAACUCGUCAGUCACAGCCUCGUUCGUCAACCAGCACACAGAGGACAAGAUCUGGUCCAGCUACACAGAAUACGUCUUCUACCGUGGUCCAUCACGUUGGUCCUCCCCUCCGUGCGACUGCUGCUGCAAGAACCACAAAGGAGACGGCGAGGGCGAGAGCGGCACCUCCUUCAACGAGCUCUCCACCUCCAGCUCUGAGAGCCAGUCAGAAGCCAGCUCUCCCCAGGGAACGGUCAUCUGCGGACCGGUCAGCCGCCAGUCGCACCCUCACGCCAACGUCCAAACCCUGGACCGGCCGCUGAAAAAGGGCCCCAUCGCCAUGCUCCAGCAGUCCGAACAGCGGCGGAAGAGUGACUUGCUGCGCACGCUCACGGCGAGCGCCCGCGACACCAGCACCAAGAAAAGGCCGGCGAAAGAGAAGAUGACGGUCGAGGAGGAGCUGGAAAAGUGCAUUCAAGACUUCCGCAAGAUCAAGAUCCCAGAGAGGUUCCCCGAGAGGAAGUACAUGUGGCAGGCUGACCUGCUGAGAAAGUACCGCCUCUGA